AUGUGUCACAGAGGCCGUCGCUCGCUGUGGACGACGUCGACUGCGAGUCAAUCCCCCUUUGUUACCCCUCAGCUCAUCGUUGCUUUCGGCGACGCAAAUGCAAUUAUGCGGAGUCUUCCAUUUCCAGUAGCUGCCACCUUCGACCAUGAAGUACCAAGUGAACAUGGAACACCGUUCAGCCCUGCUAGUGAUAUUCCUAUUGAUCCUGCACUCGCCGGGCCACUACCCAUUGACCCAGCUAUCAUGGGCAACGGAGCCGUUCAGUUAAAUGUUUCGCAACAGGGUCCACCCGUGCACAUUCCAGAGGAUUUCAUUCCACCUCACCCUCGACACUACUCUCAGGAGCCUUCACAAUAUGACCAAGGUCCCCGUGGCGAUCCAUUUGCGCCCCAACCUGCGCCUUAUCUACAUAUUCAAGAAGAAGUCGUUCCGCCACCCAUCAAGCCACCAAAGAGAAAGCGAAAACCCCGGCGAGAACCUGAGUGUGGGUUCUGUCAGGGGGAUGACAAGAGGAACAAGGAGGCUGAACCCGAGGUCAUGGUCACUUGUGUAGAAUGCGGUCGCAGUGGUCAUCCGAGCUGCUUGCAACUUGGUGCUAUAGCAGACACCAUUCGUUCAUAUCCUUGGAAGUGCACCGAAUGUAAAACUUGCGAAAUUUGUCAAGAAAAAGGCGAUGAUGAGAGAAUACUACUGUGCGACUUUUGUGAUCGAGGGUGGCAUAUGGAUUGUAUGCAGCCUCCCCUGGAAGAAACGCCUCCCGGAACAUGGCACUGCCCAAUAUGCCCCCCAUCCCUCUUUCCUUUGGAAUCCGACGUUGCAUCCACCACAAAUUCCGAUCCCCAAGAUAGAGACGAGGCAACUGCCGAGCCUGAAGUGGAUGUUGAAGUUGACGAUGGUGAUGACGAUUCGUCUGAAGACUCUUCGGACUCUGAAUCUGCAUCCGAUGAUACCAAUACUGUGCAAGCACCGACACCACGCCAGCGACCCAGCCAGCGAAUAAAGAAGCCGCCAAAGCGCAGAAUUGAACAGCCAACCCCACGGCCUCUCAAACGCAUCCGCCUGCGCUCGCCUGCGGCACACCCGCUCGUCGUACGUCUGCGAAUCCCUCCAAAGGGUAAGGGCAAAGAGCGAGAAGAAGACCCUGACAGAAAUAUCUUCGAGGACUUCCUCAACCCUGCUGAUAGGGACAUGUCAAAAACAGGGAUCACAGACUUUGACAGAGCACGAUUUGAUAAAAGUUGUCUGGCGGCUGAGGAAAAACUUGCACCACCUCAAUCAGCACCAUCAGUUGACACACCUGAUCCCCCAAUAGCUGGUCCUUCGUCUCGUCCCCUACGGUCUCACGCUCUCCAACACAUAACAAUACCUUCCUCAAUACCAGCUCGCUCGCCAGUGCCUUCCACACCUGGUGCGAUUCCGCACACACCUUCCACCAUCCCUGCUACCCCGUCAGGUGUCCCAACGCCUCCCUCCACGUUACGCAUCCGGAUCAUCCGCUUCGGGAAGUAUGAUAUCCACCCGUGGUACGAUGCCCCCUUUCCGGAAGAGUUCUCAAAUAUCCCGGAUGGACGAUUGUGGUUCUGUGAAUUUUGCCUCAAAUAUAUGAGAAGUGGCUUUGCUUUUGGUAGACAUAGCAUGAAAUGCAAAACACGACAUCCACCAGGCGACGAGAUUUAUCGCGAUGGUGCCAUGUCUAUUUUCGAAGUAGACGGACGCAAGAACAAGAUAUACUGCCAGAAUCUUUGCUUGUUGUCAAAGAUGUUCCUAGAUCACAAGUCACUCUUCUAUGACGUCGAACCAUUUUUGUUCUACGUUAUUACAGAAACUGACGAUAUGGGUGCGCGUUUUGUUGGGUACUUCAGUAAAGAGAAAUGUUCUCCGAAGGACUACAACGUCAGUUGUAUCAUGGCGUUACCUGUGAGGCAGAGACAAGGAUGGGGAAAUUUCUUGAUCGAUUUCAGUUAUCUUCUUUCCAAGAAGGAACAACGCGCGGGAUCACCCGAGAAGCCACUCUCAGGGCUUGGUCAACUGGGGUACAAGAACUAUUGGACCCUCGCACUCAUGCGAUACCUUCAUACAUCACCGGAAAACCCAACCCUUGAAGCUAUCAGCAAGGGCACGUCUAUGACUAUCGAAGAUAUUUAUAAUACCCUUCACGACCAGGGAAUGAUCUCUGUGCAAUCUGUUACACCGCCUAUGAGACCUACACCAGGGCAAGCUAUCAAGUUCCCACGAGGGCGCAAGAACGGCAUUGCGCGGCGUCACCUUCAGCGGCAGAGCACGCUAAACAAGGAGGAGGAGGCCGGAAGUAAGGCCAACACACCUUUUGUUCCCCCUACGCGGUACCAGAUUACCUGGGAUCCUGAGAAGGUGCAACACUACCUUGGGGCGUGGGAGAAGAAGGGAUACAUGAAGCUGAAACCGGAACGGUUGAAAUGGACGCCGUUUGUGCUGGCACGGACAAAAGCUGGCGGGGAAGUUUUGCAAGCGGAGCUGGGUGCCGGCAUGGGUGCUUUAAACGGCGUUGCGGAAACACCAAUCCCAGUCACUGAUCAGGUGGACAAUCAGACGCCGGCCCCUGGUUCUGCCGAACCCUCCAUCAGCGUAUCUGAGGCAGCGCCUACAGACACUCAUCAUGUCGUAGACACUCCUGCAGCGCGUCUGUUUGAUGACCUCAUAGCCGAAAACCCUGAAACUCCUGUGACAAAGAAGCAAUUGCGGAGUCGCGUUAAAGGAGGCGAAGUGCCUCGGUCCGUCUUCUCGCGAACGCAGUCGAGUCGUAACACGAUCACGCGCACUGCCCUCCAACGACACACACGUUCUGUAUCGGCUCGCCCUAUUACUGACAUCGACGGUGCGGUCAACAAUGCUGCCCCUCAAACUGAUGAGCUGGCAGAACAAUCGAGUCCUGAUAUUCCAGCCAAACGGCGACGAGGACGGGCACGGAUAAAGCCACCGGAUGAUGCGUUAUCAGCGGUAUCUGAGUCUGGGAGGAUGACUGUUUCACCGUCACCAUCAAGACCCCUGACUCGAGUCAAACGCAGGAGGAUAGAAUCGCCUGUGUCAGAAACCCCUUCAGAGCGUGUGGAAGGCCGUGCUGAGCUGCCUGAUGGUCCUACUCACUCUAACGGUCACAUCAACCCCGUCAGUGAGGUCGGUCAGGAGGAAGAUGUCUCUCAUCAUUCAUCCGGAUCAUCUGGUUCCGUCAAUAAUGGCGCUCAAUCUCCUCGAGUGGAGACGACCUCGUCUAUGUCAGAACUAGAUACACGAUCCUCACUUGCUCAGUCGCAACCACCGGAUCCCGAGAUUAAGUCGGAGGAAGCGGAUACGCCUCUCACCGGCAUAACCAGUCGACACAGCGUACCAAGCGACGACACCUUGUUCGUUGUGGAGACUGCAAACGGGGUAGGGAGCAAGGACUCUGGAGGCUCUGAUAUUAUCGGAGCCGUGCACUCACCCACUUCUCAAACUACCUGGAGGGAAAGUGCUGGUCAAGACUCAGUGCCCAUUUGUUCCGCUCCAACACUAUCCAACGAUCUCGAUCAAUAUUCUGAUCUGGACGCGGAGGGCGAACUGGUACAUGGUGAUUUGUUGUAUGACCGGUUUUGUUUGGCGGCGACUUUAGAACCAAACAGCCCGCCUUUUCUCAAGCCGAGCCACAACACACGUACGAGCGGCUCACGCUGGUUCAUUGUGGUUCACAGCCUGGCCUAUGGAAUAUGGAAACCAACAAACUCCACACCCCUUCCACUUGCGGUCACCGAUGUGCAAGAUGUCAAUAACAAUGCUUGUACCUGCAGCAGCGACCCAAGCAUGGCUUUUGGCCAUCUUCAACGAGACCCAAAUCUGCAGACUAAUGUCAGCAAUGUCUCGAGUUUGAAUCAAGCGCUGGGGUCGCAUCUUAACCCUACCAUUAAUGGGCGUCCCCAAUUCCAUGACGGCGGAGCAUAUAGGCUUUCUGAUUCACCGCCGACCAUUUUGGAUCAAGCUUCACGAUCUACCCAACCGAUAGGUGGUCCCUCUCAUUCUUCACCCAAUCACGAGUUUUCGGUACUCCCAACCAACGAAACUCAAACUACCAGUGGGCCCAAGCGUAAGCAGACUGACGGUUUGGUUCCCAGUGGUAGUUCACAAUCAGGCAAAAGACGGAGAGAAGGGGAGGACAUAAAUGACCCCUUUGACACCGAUGGUGCGCACGGUUCUAAACACUGGACUGACGACGAGAAGACAAAAUUGUUUAACUGGCUCAUGGGUGUUGGGGAAGACAACCACUGGAAUGCACUUCGGGCUACAAAGAACUCGUGUCUUCGCGAGUGUGCCAUUGAGGUAUUUGGUGGCAAGAAGACUUAUCAGGCGCUAAAGGGCUGUUAUGAACGAAAUUUCAAUUUAUUUAAACAGAUCUAUGCAUUCGAAAGUUUUCACGCGCAAUUGGGGAAUGGUCCUGUCAGCUUUACGAAUGAAGCAGACAGAUUGCGAGAAUAUGAACGGCGCUUACAAAUUGCUCGCAAAGGCGGUUGCGACGUCGGCAAUGUGGGUGUCAAGACGAUUGACCAUUGGCAUAGGUCAGGCUGGUAUACUUUGUUCCACAGAAGAUGGAAUGGUGAUCCUGCCACUACUAGUACACGACCCGCAAACCGCCAAAAUAACGUCCCAGGGACGACCAAUUCCCACGGCGGCGAAGAUGACGAUGACGAUUCAUUAGAAGCAACGGAACCAAUUCCAAUUCUUCAACCUCAGAUUCAACCUCAAAGCGCACCAUCUCAUCCUCAACCUCAAGUUCAACAAGUUCAUUCACAAGCGCGCCCUCCUACCUUCGUUUUCACAUCACAACCCUCCAUUGCAAAUAAGACUAAUACCAACGAGCUUCCGAUACAGGAAGCAGGACCAUCAAGUACCCCAAGUCGAGCCGUCUUCCCCAACGUACCGUCGCCAAGCAGUGAUACGUCUGUUAUCAAUUUUACUUUACCACAAAACAUGAUGGCUGCAUGCUUGCAGCUUUUGCAAGCGCAGGUUCAACACAGCAAACUCAAGCUAGAGUAUCUUAGGAGACGGGAGGAAAGGGAAGAAAGAGACAGUACUGCUCGCAAAGAUGCCGAGCGUGCAAGACUGGAAAGAGAAGCCGCCGAGUGGGAGCACACAAAAGAGACAGCUAAUGUCAAGCACAGAGCCCAACUUGCAACAGAUGUAUUGGCGAAUCCGGUGGUAGACGGAUCUGUGCGCCAGGCUGCGGCCGAUUAUCUUAAAAGACUAUUUGCUUCGGACUGA